AUGUUGUUUUUAUUUCUAUUUGUAACAUUACCAGUAAGUUUUCGGGGAAAUUUUAUCAUUUUUUUGGUACUGAAAAUGUAAAUUUUUCAGAUGAUAGCGAGUUUUCAAUUAGAUAAUGAAAUUGUUGGAAGUCCGAAAAUCGAGUGUAAUCCGGAUAGUAUUAGUUUCAGCUUCAAUACGAGAAAUCCUUUCAAGUGAGUUUUUUUUUUGGGAGUUUUGGGGCUCGAAUUAAAAAAAAUUUUUUUCAAAAAAUAAAAUUUAGGCUUUAGGGUCCCUAAUUAUUUGAUUCUAAUUUGAACUAGGUAUUUUCAAUUUUUAAAAUUAUUCUAGAUGAUCCAAAAACCUGAGAAAAAACGAAAAAAUAAGAGUGUGUGCCAACACCGACUGCCCGCGAACACCAAAUCCUACGCGCAAAAUAAAAUAACGACACUCCGCUCAAACACUGUGUGAAAAUUAAACAACAGGCAAGUCGAGUGUCGUUGUUUUACUUUUUUUAUUCUUUUUUGGUUUGGAAGCGGCUGUCUAAUUGUAAACAAAAAGAUAUUCCAAAUAACCUGGGGGACUAGAAAUUUCCUAGUCCCUCCUUCUUCAAAACUUAUUUCCUCUCGGUUUCUAUAAACUUUUUUAAAAUCAUUUUUUUUUCAAAAUUCAAAAAUAAAAGAAAACUUUUUUAGUUCCUCAAAAUAUAUCUGAACCCAAUCUAAAUCUCAUUCCAGAGGAAACGUAUAUGUGCGAGGUUUCUAUGAUCGUCCAUCCUGUCGACAUCGCUAUGAUAUAAUGUCUAACCAGGGUGGAAUGUUGAACAUCCGGCUUGGUGAUUGCGGAAUGACUCGAAUGCGCCAACUAGUUCCACGUGGCGUCAGUCUACACGUCACAUUUGUCGCCAAUUUCCAUCCACGAUUCUCCACCAAAGAAGAUCGCGCAUUCGAUGUUCGAUGUUUUUACGCGCACACGGAUUCGGUGGUGAAAGCGGAUAUUGAUGUUAGGUGAGAAUAUUUUUUAUCGGAAAAUAGUAUUAAAAAACACAUGUACACUCUUAAUUUUGUAGUGGAGUGCCUUCUGAAUCGUUGGAACAAGCAACAUCGGUUGUGCCGAAGUGUGAAUAUUCUCUUCGGGAAGGAUCUUUGGAUGGACCGAGGGUUCGGAAUACAAUGAUCGGAGUUCCGAUCUUUCAUCGAUGGGAUUGCGAUACAAAUGGAAACUAUGGGAUUUUAGUGCGAAGCUGUUCGAUAAUUGAUAGCCGAGUUUCUGAAUCAGUCCCAUUUCUAGAUGACAAUGGUUGUGCAAUAUCUCGAGACUUCCCACAAGUCGUUUAUUCAACAGCUCUAAAUUCAGCAUACACCGUGAUUGAAGCGCUUUCCUUCCCCGAUCAACCAUCAAUCGCAUUCGCUUGUCAAAUUCAAUUAUGCGAUAAAACAUCAGAUGAAUGUCGUGGUGUUUCUCCACCACUUUGCAAUAAUAUCCCACCAAAAAUCAUCAAAACUUCUCAAGUUGUGAUUGAUAAUCGAAUCACUGAAACUUUGGAUAAUCUUCAAGUUGAGCCUUGGAUGAAAGAACCAACUCCAGAUUUAUUGGAUGAUGGCGAAUCUAUGAAUUCUUCAUUAGUUAUAUUAUCCGCAACAACUACGGUAACCCCGAUAUUUCCGAAAUUGGCAGAAAUUAAUGAUGAAGAUGAAUGGGCGAUUGAAUCAAAUCAAGUUACAAAUCGUGAAAAACGUUUAGCUGAUAAUGUUAUGGAUGUUUAUUCAAAUGAAUUGUUUGUGAGAGAAAGACCGAUUCGAGAAUCAGCUGAACGUUUAGAAGAUCAAAAUAAUUCACCAAUUUGUAUCCAAAUUGAAACAAUUAUCACAAUAACUCUUGUUAUAAUUAUAAUUAUUGUAUUAUCUAUUGGAACAGUGAUUUAUCUUGGUGGACAUUUUGCGAAAAAACGAAGAGAAAUUGAAGAUUUCGUCAAGGAACCAUAUUAUGUAUCAAAAAUAUGAAAUUAAACCAACCUUUGAAUCGAAUUUUUGUGCCAUUCUUGCAAUAAAUAUUCAACUUUUUUCUAGUUUCUAUAACUAUAGUUUGCAGCAAAAAGUAAAAAUAAAAAAAAAAAGGAAAAAUAAAAUAAAAGUAAAAAUAAAAUAAAGGCGCACAUUGUUUUCCGAAAGAUAUCCUGCCACGAAGGGAAAGGUACUGUAGAAAAUUCAAAAAAUUUUUAUUUAUUUUUUUUUUCAUUCAAAAAAAAAUCAAUUUUUGCGUGACAUUUUGACGGCAAUCAAAUUGCGUCUUUCUCUCAUUAUUUAAAUCGGGAGAUUUCGCAUCAGUUUUAACUUUAUUUUCGUUCAAUUGAAGGUAAAACUACAGAUUUAUGACGUAAUAUUAUUGUUUCCCGAGUUUUCGGACGAAUUUUUAGCCAUUAAUAGCUAUUUAACAAUCACUUUUCCUGUUCAGCCCAUACACAGUGUUUCCCUUAUUUAUUUCUCUUCUCCUCCCCCUAUCUCUCAUUAUUUCUGCACGGUGUUUGCGUAUUUUGUGUGACAUGUUUCCCGCUUUGUUAGUUUUUUUGAAUGUGGGUGCUUGUUUUUUCUUUCUUUCUCUACGCUUAUAAUCUGAACAAAUUACAGAUCAAAAUGGACGAAAAAAGGGAGCAAAUGAUGAAGCGACUGGCGGAUCGUCACGAAAAACGCAUUUUGAAGAGUCGAAAUCAAAUCGACACCGACAACAUUGAUUUGCGAGCGACGGAAAAGCUAUUCCUGGUUUCAGAACCGAAGGAAUUGGAUCUGAAGACACCGGUCAAAAAGAAAAUUUCGAAUAUCCCGCAAACUUCAUCGCCGAUAGUUUCAUUUGAUGAUAAAGCAGAUCAACACAUUGCUGCAUUAUCCACCUAUGUUAACACAAUCAUUGGUUUCGAUAUGGAUGAAAUUGAUCUUGGUGAAAGUAAAAAAGAGGCAUACAGACGAAUCAAAGAUAUGCUAUCUUCAAAAUCAACAGCAGUUGUUGAGAAAAAAUCGGGGAACAAUCUGCAACGUCUAUUCGAAAAAUACGAUCCAAAUGAAGUGACAAAAAAGUGUCGAAAAUUAUUGAUUGAUUCGGAAAUUGAUGAGGGAAUCACAUUUAUUCUAUCAAAACGUCUAAUUUCUGUGCGAACCGAGUUAGCUGUUUAUUCAGAUUUAGCACUUCAAACUGUUCUUCUUCACACUUUCCUUUCAUUUCAUCCGGCAUGGCUGAAAUCCUCAUUGGAAGCGAUUUUCGACACAAGGAUCGCCACUUCUCCAAGCACAGUCAUUCGCGAUUUAUCGAAAUUUAUUAUUGAAAAUGUUUUCAAAUCCAAAAAGCUGCUCAAGAACAAAAAAUUCGCGCAAGGAUCUGGAAUGUAAGUGUUUUUUAAAAAAUAAUUUCUCGGUUAUUUCUAAAAACAAUAAAUUUCAGACCAAUCGUUACACCGGCUGGAAAAGAAGCACUUCAUAAUCACUUUUUGAGUGUCACUUUGAAAAUGAUGUUUUUGAUUGAAAAAUCGGUGGAAAUGAAGCUGAUCCCGAAUCUAACUCGAAUGUUCAAUAGAUCUUCGAUGUACAAAAAUAUGGAUUCAGUUUUCUCCGAUUUGAGCAAAGAAAUUCUCUCGGGAAGUUCAAUGACAUUCAAAAAAGCAUUGGCAAAAGUUGGUUUUCAAUCGAGUUACAAACAAACAUUUGUUGAUGAUUAUGAUUACACUGCAAAAGGCUUCGAAGAUUUCUCGAAUGGUAUAAUUCUCGCGAAACUCAUCGAACAAAUCACACUCAUGCAACCAAAUUCGAUUCUUUCCAAAUUGCGCGAUCCACAAGGAGAUCGAAUCAGAAAAUUGAAAAAUGUUGAGAUUGUUUUGGAGGAGAUGACGAAAUUUGGAAUCGAUACUGGAAAUAUUAAACCAGCACAUAUUGUGGGAUGCAAAAAAGAGCAGAUUUUAAGUGUUCUUUGGUCGAUUAUUGGUGUGAAAGUUGUAAGUUCUCGAAAUUAUAUUCAUAAAUAGUUCAAUCAAAAUAUUUUUCAGUGUGCUCAAAAGAAGGUGUUGACAGUUCGUGCUCCAGAAUCGUUUGACGAAAGAAUUCUUCGACAAUGUCAACGAUAUGGUGAAAUUCUUGGUGUAGAUGUUCCCGAUCUUGAAAGUCUUCAAAAUGGACUACUUUUCGCCGAAGCCUGGACGCGAUUCAUCCCAAUUGUUUUUGAAUUGCCCCAAGGAUCGCAUACACUUUUUGAAAGAGUUGUUGAAUUGGCUGAAAAUGAGUUGUGUAUAAAUCGAGAUGUUUCGAAUCAUAUUGGUUUAUUCGCUCAAACGUUUUUCAACAAUUUGGAAAUUGUCAGAAAUUGGCAUCAGAAGGCGAUGAUUAUUCAGAAUGCGUGGAGAAAUUAUAAAGUAGGGCGGGAGAAGGAAUUUUUGAAAUAAAUAAUAAAAAAUAUUUUUCAGGCGUCGAAGUUUUAUAAUAUCGUUCAAUUGGUCAUUCAGCAACAUCAACAACAAAGUUCGCGAAUUUCGAAUUUCAAUGAUGCGACUUUCACAGUUUCGCGUGACUCGGUUGCAUCGAUUUCUUCAUUUUGCGAAACGACUUUUAAAGUUCCGAAAACUCCGAAAGCUUUUGCGCCAGUCGAAGAGGAGAAAGAGGAUUUCGAUGAAACUAUGACAUCGGAAAGAAGUGAAGAAUUCGAAAAAUCUGGAGGAAGUUUGGAACAGUCUGGAAAUGAUGCUGAAGAAGACGAAAUUCAAUCUCGAAUUUCUGAAGAUAUGGAAGAAAAUGCAGAGAAAGUAGAUGAUUUUGAUGAGCACGAAUCUGAAGUUUAUCAAAAUCAUAAUAUCGAAGAAGUUUCGCCAGAAGUUGAGGAAAAAUCCGAGAAUUUUGAAGAUCCUGAAGAUGAGAAGAAUAUCAGAAGUUCUAUUGAAGCAGAAGCUGUCCCAGAACUCGAAAAAUCUGGAAAUUAUGCUGAAGAAGACGAGCUUGAACUUCAAUCUCAAAUUUCCGAAGAUAUGGAAGAAAAUUCAGAGGAUGUGGAAGAUUUUGAUAAGCAGGAAUCUGUUGAUAAUGAAGAAGUUUCGCCAGAAGUUGAGGAAAAAUCCGAGAAUUUUGAAUAUCCUGAAGAUGAGAAGAACAUCAGAAAUUCUAUUGAAGCGUUGGAUAUUUCUAAUGAGAAAAUGGAAAUUUCGAAUCAGCCAGAAGUGGAAACGCCAAAUUUCUCUGAAGUCCCUGUCCGAGAUAGUCAAGAGGAACAUCUCGAACCAACAACAUCUCAAAAUAUGCAUUCGGAAUGUUCGUUGUUACGAGAAUCACUAAAACAACAAGAAGAGAUUCUCGAACAAGAGCGGAUUUUCCACGAACAAAUGCUUUUGGCGGAAAAGAAACGAAUCGAAGCGUCUCAAAAACAUAUGAAUAUUUAUUCGGGAAUCAAAUUGGAAGACGAACAAGUGGAGAAUGUUGAGCCCAGUACACCGGAAUUGCGCGAAAUAUUGAGAGCGAAACGGAAGAUUGCGGCGGAGCAGAGGAAAAUUGUGAGUUUUUUUCUUGGAGUUUUCGAAAAAUUUUGAAUUGUCGAUUUUCAGGCUGAAAAAUUGAGAAGAAUCGAGCAAAGUUUGGUGUUUGAUGCGAAAAAUGAGGCGAUGAUUGAAUCGAUUGAGGAGAAAGAAGAUCGAGAAAUCGCUGGAAAUGAAUCGAUGGAACAAGAAGAGGAAGAAGUUAUCAUAACUCCGGUGGAGAAUGAAGAAAAUCCAGAAAGUGAUGGUAAGUUACGAAAGCUUUAGAGAACAUUUGUUCAUUUUUGAAAAUUGGAAAAGUUUUUCUUUUUUCAAAAUCGAGAAAACCUGGGACAUUUCACAACAAAUAAAUUUAUUUUUCCCAGAAUUGCUCUUGAAUUCGGCCGCCAUCAUGAUCCAAAAAUGUUAUCGCGGUUAUUUGACUCGUCGAAAAAUCCACGAAGAAAUCCAAGCAAUGCGACAAAAAGUGGAGGAAUACAAUCGAAAAGUUGGUGGAGAAAAUCAGGAAUUUCACACUGCCACCGCCUCCGAAAAACAAGCCAAAAUUGUUGAAAAGCAAGAAUCGGCUCGAAUUCGAUUGCAAAAACAUGCGAUUCGCGGACUUCCCAACGACAAUUUGACCGUCGUUUUGUUAUCAGCAACUACUAUUGGUAAUUUUUUAGUUGAAUUUGAAAAAUAGAAAAAAAAAUUUUUUUCAGAUCGCUUAACAUCAUUGCUGCCAUGUUUAACCGAUUCAUUUGUUCUGGAAUUUGAUGGAAUUCGAAAAAUCUACGAGAUUUUGAUGGUGGCUGAUCGAGGAUAUUCAUAUUCAUCCAUUCUUGUUCCACUUAUCAAAAUUCUAUUGCGAAUUGUCAAAAAUGUGAGUAUUUUGGGAGAGAAACGGGUGAAAAUUAUGAAAAUUCCAACAGGGCUGAUUCACGAAAAGUCAAAAAAUGUCGAAAAAAAACGUAGGUCAAAAUUAGUUUUUCGAGUUCUUCAGUCAAAAAUGAUGACAAAUCAAUAUUUUUCAAGCUUCUGGAGUGAUUUCUGAUGAAAAAAGCUUCAAGAACCCUUUUUUGCUUUAUUUUAUGAAUUUUUUCGAAAUUCAUCAAAAUUUAAAAAAUGGGGUGAAUCGUAGAACAGGCCCCCACCAAUGUCAUUUUAAGCCCCCACUAGUCAGACAUAUUAUAGGUCCCCACCUUUUUAUGGUCAGAAAUCUUGUUGGUGGGGACCUAAAAUUAAGUUGACACGUGGGGGCUCAAAAUGAUAGUGGUGGGGACCUUUUUUCCGAAAUACCCUAUGAUCGAAAUAAAAGCCCCCAACUCUAUUAAAAUUAUGUGAAAAUAGGCCCCCACAUACAAAUAUAAGUCCCACCCCAAUAUAGGUCACCAUCCAAAAAUAAGUCCCCACAUAAUCAUUUUAGGUCCCCAUUUCCAUUGAGUGGGGACUCGGUAGGGAGUUUUACUUGUUGGCGGGGGCUUACUUUGAGGUGGGGGACUAUUCUGCGAUUCACCCAAAAAAUGUUUAUUUUACGAAAAAUCACCAAAAUCUUCUGGAAAGUGAAUUCCAAGGUCAAUUUUUAUCAGAAAUUACUCCAGAAGCUUAAAAAAUAUCGAUUUGUUAUCAUUUUUGGCUGAAAAAUUCGAAAAACUAAUUUUGACCUACAAUGUUUUUUCGCCCUAACCAAAGAAAACCUAAAAUUCCAAAGAUCUUCUCAGAAGUUCUAAAUCGUCUGCUUUUUUCAGUCGAACCCGGAAAUGGAAGCAAAAGUGUGCGAAUUGCUCAAUGUUCUGAGCCCCCGUUUAUUGGCUCUCGCGUUGGCUCACAAACCAAUGUUCCACGAUCUAAUUUCGAUACUUGUGGAAAUUGCUCGAAAAUAUCCAAAUUCUCAACGUCACUUCACAAAUAUCGAUUUUUAUUUGAAACGAUUCUCGGCACUCGCCACACAUGAAAAUUCGAAGAAACUCGUCGCGAAUUUACGAAAAUUGUGCGAAAACGGAAAACAAAUUCAUGUCAAAUAG